AUGAUUUUAUUUCUUUUUUUAAUAUUAGCAUCAAUUUCGAUUGAAGCAAUAAAUGAAGAAGAGCAUAAUCGUGUAAAACGUUUUGAAUGGCCCUGGGAAACAAUUGGAAAAGAAUUGUGUAAAACAGCGGCAAAAUGUAGUUGUGGGAGGGCAAAAUGUGUGUCAUCCCCAGGAUAUAAAGCUAGUAAUUGUUGUGGUGAAAAUUAUGUAUGGUCCUGUUGUGGAAAGCCUGUUAAUUGA